CUACACUAUUGUCUGUCAGUCAAAUGUGAUUCUGUCUGACUAUCGAUUUAUUGAAUUUUGUGAACAUUUAUUUUUAUUUUCAGUACCUACAUUGAGUUUAUUCUUCUUCUUGUUACUUUGUGUAUUAGCUAAAAUAUAAUGCCGGAAUUCCAUAUAACUGACUCUAUCAUCACACAGCUCAACGCUCAAGAACCAUGGCCGGACAACGUGAAAUUGUUCCAGCCUUACGAGGUGGAACAGAUACUGCUGCCAGACAAUGCCAGCUGUCUGGCUGUACAGGCGUUCUUGAAGAUGUGCAACCUACCAUUUGAAGUAGAGAUGAGAUGGAAUGCAGAGUUCAUGUCACCAUCGGGGCGGGUCCCCUUCAUCAAGUGCGGGGCUUUCGUCGUGUCAGAGUUGGAGCCCAUAGUCCAAUUUGCAGCAAACAAGGGCGUGUCACUCUGCGGGAAAUUAAGCACUGAGGAGAAGGCGGAAAUGAGAGCGUAUAUGAGCCUGAUCACCAAUGUUCUUGUUAAUGCUGAGCUCUACAUAUCCUGGGUGGACAACGAGACAUUUAAUGCAGUCACAAAAGUGAGGAACUCCUCGGUGUACCCCUGGCCGCUAGGAUGGCUGCAGACUAGGGCUAAAAGAAACGCUGUCAUCAAACGGUUGAAGGCCCUGCACUGGUAUGACAAGACCAUCGAUCAAGUUUUGGCUGAUGUGGAACAAUGCUGCAACUCAUUGAGUCAACGGCUAGGCGACAGAGAUUAUUUCUUCGGUAAUUCACCAACAGAACUUGAUGCUCUGGUCUUCGGUCACGUCUUCACAAUCAUCACCACGAGACUUCCAUGCCGCAAGUUGGCAGAAACUGUCCGAAAACACGAGACCCUGGUCGCGCUCGCCAAACGAGUAGACGAGCACUACUUCAAAAGACCAUAGCGUCAAAUUUUCAAGGACAUCUCGACUUCGUUCACCAGUCCUUGAAAUUCCUGUUCCCCUUUUCUAGGUGGCGUAAGGUAGGUGCUUUUUUAGGUUAGUUUUUAAAAGGUUUACAGUCCAUUUGCGUUAAAUUAAAGUAUAAAUCGAAAAGCCAAGAACAUUAAAAGAUUUGGUCACUUCAAGUUCAUACGAUAUUUGCCUUUAUCAGGAGUUUAGACAAAUGUGUUUUGGCAUUUCUGAUCGUUUUUUAUCCAGCUAAAGUGUAGGUAUAUGACUUAAAAUUUAAGGCGAUGGAAGAAAAUGGAUUUCAAACAUCAAUAGUAUGAU